GAUUUCCGCUUUCUUUCCGUGCGGUUCUUAAACAUGACUGGUUUAACGAACAGGACCGUUGUUAUUGAUGGUCGCGGCCAUUUACUGGGCCGCCUGGCCUCCGUUGUCGCCAAGUACCUGUUGCAGGGCGGCAAGGUAGCCGUGGUGCGCUGCGAGGAGCUGAACCUCUCUGGCCACUUCUACAGGAACAAAAUUAAGUUUUUGGCCUAUUUGCGCAAACGUUGCAACGUGAAUCCGGCUCGUGGCCCCUUCCACUUCCGUGCCCCAUCCCGAAUCUUCUACAAGGCGGUGCGAGGCAUGAUCCCACACAAGACCAAGCGUGGCCAGGCUGCUUUGGCGCGCCUGCGUGUCUUCGAUGGUAUUCCAUCACCGUACGACAAGCGUCGUCGCGUCGUUGUCCCCAUUGCGAUGCGUGUGUUGACUCUGCGCUCCGACCGCAAAUAUUGCAUGGUCGGUCGUCUGUCGCACGAGGUCGGCUGGCAUUAUCAGGAUGUCAUCAAGAGUCUGGAGCGCAAACGAAAGGCCAAGCUCCACAUCACCCUCAAGCACAACAGAGAGAUGAAGAAGCUGACGGUGAAGGCGCGCGAGAACAUUGCCAAGGCGGCCGAGCCCUUCAACAAGAUUAUCAAGUCCUACGGCUACGAGGUUUAACAACAGCACCGGCAGUGUCUACGUGUUUGGGGCGUAGCGUUUUUUUAAAAGAAGAAUAAAACAUCUAAGUUUAAAAAAACCA